GAUUCUUGAGAAUCAAUAAUUUGGUCAUAACCAAAUUGUAUAGGGCACAUAUUGACGGUAGGGAUUUAUCCCCAACUGCCAUGAUUUCAGCUGAUGACUCUACACUGUACUUCACUGCCAAAAGUGGAGCAGAAGCCGUCAUCUGCACUUUUGAUACAUCAGCAUACAAUACCAAUUGAUUCGGAACUGGUACAUCUUCUCCAGCAGGACUUCUGGCAAUUAGCAACACAAGAGUUGGAUUCUUUGGAGUUGACACUGCGACUGAUAAGGGAUGUUUGAUAAACAUCAAUCCCUUGGUCUCUCCUCCAACAGUGAACUGGCAAAAGUUUUUAGUUUUUCCUAAUUCAAUUGCAGCAAUUAUGAAUAAAGGAGCAGCCACAACUAAUACUGAUAACACAAAGAUUUAUGGAGCCCUUCCUAUUGGUGGGAGUGCUUCAACCACCUUAUUGGUCUUUGUUGUUCUUGAAGAAUCAACUGGGAACUUAAUUGGAGAUUCAUUAGUUUCUAAUGCUGUGUGCACUAAAGUUGAUGCUAUUUACUAUUUCUUGGAUAAAAUCUAUGUUAUUGGACAGUUCCCAGAUUCAAGAAUACUUGUAUUUGAUGAAAUACAAUCUCGCUUUACUAAUAUAUACCAGAGCACAGGUGCGACAUAUCGAGGAGUGACCUCUGACACUGUAUCAGGAAGACUACGAUUCAUGGGAGGGAAGAGCAAUAACCCGAUUAUUUACAAAGUAUUCCCAGAGAACUUGAUUAAUAAUGGGGAGUUUACUUACUCAAAUUUGGAUAUGACUUCGGCAACGAGGUAUUAUGAGUUUGAAGAUAGAACUUACUCUUAUGGUGCUGCUGUGGGUCAAAGUAAUAGUGGAGCAGCUGGACACCCAAACGUUGCGAAUACAAUAACACCAACUAUUUUAUGGCAAACUACUGUGAAUAGGUUUGAAGACCCAAUCACUCUUGACCUUGACAAGAGUGCUUCUUUUAAUGAAUCUUUAAAUAUUACUUGUUCGAUCGGAGGUACUCCAACUAUCACCUAUUCUUUCACACCUGUUGAUACUGUGAGUAAAACAGAAUGGUUGACUUUUAAUGAGACUAGCUUUACACUCUCUGGAACUUCAGAUUUCACUGCAGAUGAUCAAGUCCAUAAAUAUGUUGUAACUUCAAACUGGUCUGGUACUCCUUCUGGAAGCUCAGAAACUUAUAUUACAUUGAAUGUUAAAUCAGGAGAAGCUACGACUGCAGGAGCUGUUGCAACAGCUGCAGCUCAGGCUCAGGUUGGGAUAGCUGCAGGGAUAGCAGUAGUCAAUGCUGCUGUAGCUGGAAAUCCUCCAACCUCUCUAUGGUCUCUUCUCCAACAGCUCCAGAUGAUUUUGUUGGUAAUGAUUAUUGAUGAGUACACUCCUGCAGAUAUUAAUGAAUUUUUAGAAGGAGUGUCCUUUGCAUUAUUCAACUUUGAUUUCCUUCCGGCUGGAGAUGCACCUCUCUUUGAAACACCUCUAGAUUGGCUGGACUUUGGAGAGCCUAGUGAAAAGAUACAGACUCUUGGCAUUGAGUCAAUAAGCACUUUGGUUAACAACUUUUCUUUCUUGUUCACGUAUCUGUGCAUAAUGUUGAUACACUUUGUGUUGAAGAUAAUGCCAUGGUUCAAGCAAAAGAAUCAUCCUAAUUGAAUUAUUAGAAAUAUAUCGAAGAUUAGAGAAAAAGUAAUAGACACUAUCUUCUAUGCUACCUAUGCAAGAAUGCUUCUUGAAGCCCAUGAAAUUUUAGCAAUGACCGCCGUUGUUGAAAUUAAAGAGCUAGAUUUUUCAUCUGCUCCAGCAAUAGUAUCUUAUUUGAUUUCUUGGGUUUAUCUAUUUCUCUGUUUAGUCAUUCUGAUUGCUGCUUUUUAUCUAUUCUACAUAAAUAGAGAAGAUUAUGACCCAGAAAAGAAAACCCCUACUAUGGAGUUCUUUGAAGGACUUAAGAAUACUAAAUGGGCGAGGUUCUACACAUUCUUACUUUUACUUAGAAGAAUGAUAUUCGUGCUUACUGUGAUCUUUUUGCUUGGAAAUGUAGACAGAAAUAUAAUAUACUCAGUCCUCCUCAUCAAUCAAGUAUCAUACUGUUGCAUCUUUAUUUACCUGAGACCCUUUGAAGAACUCCAAGACAACAUCAUUGAAUCAGUCAACGAGGUUUUCUUAACAGCAAUUAUCUGCUACUUGUUCGCAAUGACAAGUGAAGAAAAAUGGACUGACUCAACUACCACUGGGUUCAUGAAUUUCUUGAUCUUCAAUUGCUUCAUUAUUAUAGGUAUCAUGUUUUACUUCAUGUUUGCUAAUGUUAUCACUAAGAUCAGAGAGUGAAAGAGCAAGAAAGCAUCAGAAUCAUUUAGCCAUUUGUCAGUUCAAGAGGAGGAAAGAGCUGAGACGGAAAACAAGGUGAUGAAGUCUAAGGAAGAAGAGCAGCACUAUGAAGAUAAUGAAGAUAAUGAAGCUAAUGAAGCUAAUGACGAACCUUAA